UGUAUCAUUGUUAAUAUAAUAAUGCUUCGGGAGAGUAUGUUUUUCCUUGAGGUAGUACUUCUCGUUCAGAAUUAUCGCGUACACAUGAUCAAAUAAAAUGCUAUUACAUACGGCUCAUCCCUGUUGGAAGUUCGAUUAUGAUCGAUUAGUAGCAUCGUUAGUACAACGUGCACCGAUUCAGUCAAACAUUUAUCACGGUAGUUUAAUGAUCGCGUUGCAUCGUCAGAACCGGUGCGAAGAUUUAACUGCAAACUGAUCGAAGAGUUAAAAGCUUGUGUUUGCUUGAUGGUGAAGUGUGUGUUUACAUUUUUUUUCACAGAGUUGAGUGUCGUUUGACGCAGUAACGAAAACGGUGAUCGUUCGAACGCCUCGAGCAUUUCGUACCGGUGAUUCGACCUAUCGAGACGUAACAAUUCGUCAUGAGCAAACUGUGCUGUAUCGGGCUGUCGUUGGCCACUAGGAUCAUCGGCACGUACACCAUGUCUCUCUCGAUACUCACGAUAAACGUGUUAAUGAGCAACUAUUUCUCAAGAACAACGGACAACGAGUUCUUUAAUACUAUUCAGAACUGGAGUUUUCUUGGUUUAAAUUGGAUACAAGUCUUAAGGAACUCGCAGUUAGAAACGAAAGCACAAACAACCGUAGUGUUUUUCCUCGUGUACACGAUAUCGUUUUUAUUGGCCAGCGCGUAUCUUGCUCUGGGAUCGAUCUCCAGGAAACCUAAGUGCGCCGUGCCUUGGAUGUAUUUGCAAAUGAUUAGCAUAAUAGAUCAGUCCGUGGCGCUAUCUAUUCAUCUGAUACAUGGAUCGCAGUACGAUGCUUACGAUUCAUCGAUGUGGUACAUUCCAGUAUCCAGUGUUUACCUACACAGACAGACAGAUUUUAUUGAUCUGCCGUGUUCGUUCUCCGGCUGGCCACGGAUGAAGGAAGAGGGAAAACGGAGGAUCGAAGGAGAGAAAGAGACAAUGAUGAAACGGCGGAACUGAACGCCCCAUAAAGCUAACCAAUGCUAAUACUUCGUAUCUCUGCAGUGGCGUGGUCCGUAGAUAACCUGCCUUUCAGCGCGUUCGUUUGCCGGGACGAGACGGAAAAUCCAUCGUGACGCCAAUGUCCUGGACCGGAAUUGGCAAUAAACGCGUAACCGAGCCUAAUUCGUAAUGUUGGCUCAGUCAUUGUGGCCCAUUGUGAAUUCUCUUCCCCUGUUAUUCGGGGUUCACGAAUAUAAUGCUGGGGUUAUCGCAGGAAACUGCCAGUAACGACUGUAAGAGGCAUGUACUCUUCCAAACGCGCGCGAUUCGCUUAUCCUUUGAUCGCUCUUGCGAAUUACCCUCCAAUACUAAAUCGCUUUCGCUGGAAUUAUAGUUGAUUGUUUCUCUGAUUCAGAUUUGUGCCAUCAGCUUGCACAUUACACGUGAUAGUAAUAACAGACCCGCACGUCGUAACAAAAAUUUGUUCAAUAAAAACAUUGAGACAGGAAGGGGAGAAUAUCUUUCUCGUUCUUCCUAUACACGUAACUUGAAUACUUGAUCAUCUGUCUACUUAGAUAUUUGAAUAUUUGAAAUACUCGAAUAACCGAGAUGCCAAUAAUUUUAUCUCUGUAUGUCAUCAAAAAUUUUCACCACUUUUCUUAUCGAACAAAAGUCUGAAACGUGGACGAAUGACCGUCUCCGACCAAGAGACCGGAUAUGGACACGAGAAAUCGCAUUACUUUCGAAUUUCUUUCCGUUGCAACAAGGGUGGCACGUGCUCGUGCCGUUUUUUGUACUCCUUCCUUUUUAAGAAGAGACGGAUGGCCAGUGGGAAACGAGGAAGUAAAUUUGUGAACACGAUGGCCGAGAGGAUACAAUAGCUGCGUUUAAUACUACAUUAAACACGAUACAGAACGAUCUACCCCCGUGACUACCGUGACAAAGUUUCCUGGACAAUGCGAUCCGAUGACUGUAUUAGUAAAUAGGGGAAUAGAAAUGUGCAAGCACGUGCGCGCUACAAUAGUAGAGACCUCAUUUCCACAAAAGUAUAGAAAUUUCACUUUUAUCUAACCCUCGAUUUCUCCACACCUCUAAUUCCAAUAAACUAUGCUUUGACAAAAUGCAUAAAAACCUUAAGCUGUAAAAUUCACGAUAGGUGCUACAAGAACUCGAUGACCGUUUCAAUACUGUUCUACGGUAGAACCGACUUAAUACGGAGUAAAGAUCGAUGUCCAGUGGUGGGUUAGAUCGAUCACAAAAGGGAAGAAGGAAAGGGGUCAGAAUCAACGGUGUCCCUCGUUUUAUCUGGUCGGUCGAUUCAAAGUGACGGAAGCGAGCGAGGGGUGUAGUGGGCGGAAGGAGCCGGUUUUUCGAGAAUGGCUGCCGUAGGUGUCGAAGGAACGAGGCCGCAAUUAGGCGGUCCUGGGGUCGACGAGCAACGACGAGGUCGGGCAUUAUGCAAAGCAGAUUUUAAAUUUAGAUGUGGCCCACCGUGGCCACACCUAUACACCCCCGGGUGCAGCUUCGAUUACAGAAAGUGUAUGGUCACACGGACACGAGCGAAGACACGCGAACUAGCUAGCUAGCAAGCUAGCAAAAGGGGUGGUGUACAAGCGUGGGUCGUGUCGUGCUCGACAAAUUAGCGCGUUUUAAAUCCAAUCCGAGCCGAGAAAAGGGAGGGAAUCGUUACGGAG